AUGCCUGCAAAGUUGAUCGUUGUCUAUGCCGGCUACGGCGAUACACUUCUUAUUGAAGACAACGACACCGACCCAAAGUCUCCUGGCUGUUGGCUCAUCGAUGGCGGGCCCGUCACCGCUAUGCCAGGUCAAGGCGAAGCACUCGAUGCUGCAGUCCGUCGCUUCUGCUCUUCUGACGGCGGCAAAACCAUCGACCGCUUGAAAGGAAUCAUUGUUACUCAUCCCGACCGUGAUCAUAUGGAUGGUAUCAUUCAGCUCAUAGCUGACUGGCUGCCCGACAAACCCGAGAACGUGAGCGUAGAUAAGCCGCUCAAGUUCCAAGGUCCCGUCAUCGUGAACGAUAUAUUCAUUAACAGCCCGAAUGCACAUUAUCUAGUUUUGAAAAACCUUCUAAAGACUAAGAAUUUCAAAGCUGAAAAGCUUGCAGUGGGCGAUCCAGCUGUACCUGCAGCAAUGUCGAACGAGUCGCCUUCUGAUCUAUGGAAGAUGAUUUACCAGGCACCGGCUGCCAUAUCUCGCAGAGCGCUGACCGUUGACCAGAGCGUAACUAACAUAUCGAGCGUUAUUACGACCUGGGACGACAAAGUUAACCCAAGGAUCGUUACCACCGGGGAUUCAAUUGGGUCUCUCGUCCUUGGCUGUAUUGACAAGUUGCCAGACAAGGCUACCUUGGCCCGGGAAGCAAACCAUUACUUUUUUCUAAGCCUGAUUUGCUGGUAUUUGUAUCCAAAAGUCGCUCCUGGUGUUGAUCAAGAUGUGUUUAAAAAUAUCAUGGACGAUACUUUGGACAACUGCUCUGAUGCAUGGAUCGGAGAAAUGACGAGGAAGGUUCCCGCGGGGAUUUACAGUCGCGGAGGAUUUUCCAGUGAAAUGGAUACGACAUCUGCACUAUUUCGUAUUUACAUUGCUGAUCAGAAGUUUGUUUACACCAGUGACACAGGUCGUCUCGAUUUGAGUAACGAUGCCGAUCUACGAAAAUUCGCAGUUCUAUUGGCUGAUCGACACAACCAGCUUUUGGCCAGUAUUUAUACGAGCAAGCCUGACGAUACUGCAAAGCUUCGUCAGAAGAACUUUUUGAAAGGGGCACUAAAGCCUUCCUUCACAUACGACCAGUCGAAUGCGAACUAUAACUUUAUUUCCAGGGUUAUUGAAGAGCGCUAUGUUCGAGAAUUCUCAAAGAAGUUGAGGAUCGAGGUGCCCCGGCCCGAGUGCCUUGCUCUCCUCUCCAGUUUGUACGAUGACCCAAGUGCUGGGAUUCAAUAUCAAAUGGGAAUCAUAGCCUUUUAUAGCCGAUUUAGUGCCACCAACUACGUGAUAUCAGCCAACGGGGCCCAUGAACACCCUCACCCCCAUCUUAUUGGGGCGCUCAUCGUUUCGGCAAUUGAUCGUGGUACGCCGUGCCGGUUGUUCAUUACGGAGAGCGGCAAGGUCGAGGUCGAUCGAGUUUGUAAUAUUGUUACCAAUUUGCUUACAAUGCGACCUGGUGUGGCGAUUCCUGCAGCCCAAUGGAAGAACUUCAUUAGGAUAUACUAUCUUGACACCGACUACUGCGCUACUAUUCCUCUUGACACCUCUGCAGUCGCCGGGUGCAAGGAACUGGAAUUGGAUGGGGUUGAUAGUAAGCAAUCACGUGCCUUGCUUUACAAACAAUUCAACCAGAAUGAUGCCUACAACGUCCCACGGGCUGCCGAGCCCGCAACAUCGUCUUUUGAACUAUACGCGACCGACCUCCCUGGGCCUGUUCUAACCACCAUACGAGUUGGAUAUAGCCAGAAAACGAACUUGUUUACGCUUAACGAUGCCACAAAAACUUGUUUCCGUUUAGCUGUGGAUCCCGCUGGAGCGGCACCUGCUUUGUCGCUUAAUAAAGCAUUAUACCAUCUCACUGCGGUAGAUCCCGACGAUCUGCCGGCUGCUCCUGUUGUAGCUGGUGCUCCUCCCCCAACAAUUGUUUACGAUAUCCCAACAAAUAUUGCAUUUAGGCGCCCAAGCAAGGGUAGUCCCGAGUUUAGGGUGUUUGACGAGACCGGAAAACUGGCACUGAGCUAUGACAAAGACGCUUUGGGAAAUAAUAUCUUGACUUUCCAGGAUACUACCGUCCUUCCUGUACCAACCAUUGCGCAUUUACGGUUUCAACGCACCGAUGGAUUUGGAGCCCCGCCUGCCCUGUCCCUCCAGCUCCAGCUCCAGCUCCAGCUCCAGCUCCAGCUCCAGCUCCAGCUCCAGCUCCAGCUCCAGCUCCAGCUCCAGCUCCAGCUCCAGCUCCAGCUCCAGCUCCAGCUGUUCGGAUUAUUUCUCGGCGCUCAGCCGAUCCGGAUUCGAUUGCACUCCCCCAUACUCCUCAAACGUCUACAAAUAAUGCUACCAGUCUUCAUCUUGCCCCGACAGCCACUCAAACCUUCAGCACUUGGCGCUGCUUGGAGACUCGGGUGGACAAAAUGUAUUAGCAGCCGUUUCUUCCCUACCGACUGGGUUUCUCUUUUGGAUAUAGGGAGUUAUGAGGUUGAUGCCAAUGCCUCACCGCCAGUAUCUGGGAACCAGUCGGUUUCGUGCGUCCUCAACUUGAACCGUCCUGUUAAAUUCUCCGAUUUGGCUGGUCUAGGCCCGAUGCCCGUGCAGUCGGUCAAUGCAGCCAUUUCCGCGGUGGAUAGCUCUCUUGUUCUGGAAGUAACACUAUCAGGGACAUUGGACACGUCCUGUCGAUUCAAAUUCGUAGCUGAAUCCUCGCUCAAGCUCUAUCUUCAAGAAAUUGGCUACAGGAUCGACCCUAGUACCCUGACGGUCGGCCAGAUUGGAUCAUCAAUUGUGGGGGCGAAUACGCUCCUGGAGUUUUUCAACAGUCUACCCAGCGUAAUCACAUCAGGCAUCUCGCUUCCUACACUCGCUGUCGAUUCUUCCAAGUCCAAAAUAACUUACAGCAAUAGUCCUUUCGGAGUGGAUGUUCAGGAUGCGAGCAUUGCAAUUUCGCUGGGCUCUCUCACUUCAAUGUCCAUAGGCUUGUUCAAUGUUACUCCGGUCAGUGCUACUCUGAAUUUUGUACCCAACGCCCAAGACACGUUCGAUAUUGGACUCGACUUUGUUAUCAAGAUGUCAGUGGAAUCGAAAAGCCUCCAAUUCACUUUUAAAGCGACCUCCAAUGGCGUGAACCCAGUUGUGCUGGAUUGUGCUGUCUCGGCCAAAGCAUCGCCCUCGGACAUUUUGCAACUCUUAGGAUUUCGCUCACUCCCCAGCUCCCUUCCCAUCCCGCUAGGCGGAAACAAUUCCGAUCUCAAUGUUACGCUCGAUACUGUUGGGUUCACCCUGGCUCAAUCGGCUACAGGCUCAGGUGCGCCCCUCGAAUUAUCAACUAUUUAUUUCCAAAUCGAUGCGUCCUGGAAGCCAUGGGAGCAAGUUCUACCGAACCAGGUUUAUCCAGACUCAGGAGCGGACGUGUCCUUGCUGGUGGUUCUCUUACAACCAAGGGUUGGAUCCCCGCUUUCGGUCGGUCUCCAACUUGACUAUGCCCUAAAUGCCAACGCUAGUCAUGCCAACCUUUUAUUCCGAAUGUCACACUGGCCCCUUCAAGGCUCGCAAGGCUCGUAUCGAACAAGCGUCGGCUUUUCAGUUGAUCCUCAAAGCAACUUGCCCCCUCCUUCGAUCAAUGACGUACUACAAAAAGUGACGAGCAAUAACUGGAGCGAUGUCACUAGCUCGGUUCCCAUUCUUGGCACUAUUACUGAGGCGAUCAGCAUCACGCGCGGAUCUUUAGUUCUCGACGGUCUGAAAAAAAUCACCGCUUUUUCUAUUAGCGCACAAAUCCAAGAUCUGGUCCUUCUUUCCAGCCCAUCUCUCAUAAUUGACUUGGCCGAGCUGAAUGUCGAAUACAAUGGCACGUCCUGGGCGGGGAGCUUCUCUACCAUCCUUCUAUUUGCCGAUACCUUCCGCUGCGCCGCCGAUGUUUUUACUUGUGGCGCACUAGCCAAGGCGAUCGACCCUUCCGUUGACCUUGCAACCGUCCCAGUUAUCGGUGACAUGGGUUUGGAUAGUUUUUGCUUGGAAAAUGCUUCUAUCGACAUCGAGGACACGGAUACCGGCUACUCGAUUUCGGGCUUUGGGAUUAUGCUGGCAUGGGGAACCCAGUCUGUCGGCCAGCUCAAUACGUCCAACAACCAACUUUCGAUUAGUUGGAGCAAAAAUUCGACCAACAACUUUACAUCUACAAUCGAAGGUUUGAAUAAUACAGGGACCUACAGCUCUUGGACUGUCAACUGGGAAGGCAAAUUGUUUACCGAUUGGCAUCUCAGUGCAACGCUUCAGAGCUCGGCAAUACCCAAUAGCCAAGGCGCUUCAACCAAUAUUGUGACACUCACCGGAUCAAUCCUUAACUUGGGCAGUGGGAUGCAAUCGGACAACCUUGUCAAUCUCUUGACUUCUUCUCCGUCCGCUCAAACCACCGAUCCACCCAACACGCUAUGGCAGCAAAGCGUCCCAAGCAAUGUCACCUCGUCCUUCCAGCUCAAAGAAUGCGCCGUUAAUCUCGUCUUUGGUGGACCCGUACAGACGUGUGGGGUGGGAGCACAGGUCUCUUGGGGCUCGGCCGGUCAAGGAUUUGGUGUUAUCCUGGUUCAGAAGGCCAACCCACCGCCCGCUUCCGGUUCUCCCUGGGGUUUCGCUCUGGCAAUCGGAGUUUCUAAUUUCCGGUUCACAGACUUGGUGACGGACUCUUCGUUGGCAAAAUCAAUUGACGACGCCCUCACUAUCCGUGAGGUAUCUAUUCUCGUAUUCCGUAACCCCGGAAACAUGGACCUGUCGCGCAUUUCCCAACUCGUCGUAAACGCCAAUGCAUGCAAGUUAUUACCCGCACGUUCGCCGAUACUCCCGCUGGAAGGCUUAGAAAGUUCCUCCGCGAUUGAAUCGACGGAAGGCGUUGCGAUAUUUGCCUCUUUCAGCUUUGGUGAUGCAAAAUCCGGUUCGCUCACCGACAACCUCAAUACUGUGACAAACUCAAAAUUAUCGGACGUGAAGAUCAUGGGCUACUUCGGCAAGGCUGGGAGCAACACUUCGGUUAUCGUUUUCAGCGCGUCGAUCUCGUCAAUCGAUUUGUUCUCCUGCGUCAGCCUAAAAAACAUCUUGCUUACCUAUGCUCCUGUCGAGUCACCAACCGUAGGAAAUACCCAGAGUGGAACUCCGGAUACGAGCAAGGCCCAAAGCACGGACCCAGAUACAAGUCAGAAUACGACCCCAACUCAGCCAGGAAAGCUUGUUAAUACCUUUACUCUAUCCGCCGACUGUUCUAUUCAAUUUUCUAGCGACUCCUCGUGGACUAUUCACGGAGAGCUCAAGAUUACCGAGGCCGAGGCAAAAUUGACUGCAACAACAACCGGGGCUCUUACUCUUUCCGAAACGCUAGGUCUUGAGAUAUCGAAUGUUCAAUUUGCGAUCGACUAUACAUUUGCCAAUGCAUCAGACUCUAGCGCUUCGACAACAAGUCAAGGGCAACAGGUUUCACGCACGCCAAAAUACAGCAUGUCGCUUGCAGGCCAAGCCAAGAUUGGUCCAGUUACGGCCCAGACGAGUGUGGUAUUUGGUGGCGAUACUCCUGGGGCAUUGGUUGUACAAAUCCCGGGCGAAUUGAACGUGUCAGACCUCUUCAACCGAAUAUUCGGUGCAAGCAUUCCAAAUGACGUACUCGACAUUUCUUUCUCGCAAGUCUUGAUGUAUUAUGCGUGGAGGGACAUAGCCACUGCACCCACCGAAGUUAAACCUAGUAGCGGGUCUUACGUGGUAGGUUUUCACGCUGAGGCACAUGCCAGUAUAUAUGGUGUGGGACUUUUGCUUGCGGUGGACAUUUUGAGGGGAGACGAAGAUAGCCGCGGCAUCAAAUUCAUAGGCACCAAGGCCACACCUAUCGAGUUCUUGGGACUUGUCCUGCACGGCAAGGAUAACGCAACACUGGGCCCGUCUUUCAGCUUUUCUACCCAGAAAAACAACAAAGGCUGUUCUUUCGAGGCCGGCCUUGAGCUUUUUGGAACAGAGCUUGGCUCAAUCACUCUCGCAUACAGUUCUCAGCCAUCCCAUUUCACAGGAGCCGUCGACGUCAAGGCUGACUUUAUACCCGGUGGCUCCGCGUCCGUGUCUUUCGAACUGUUGGAAAAGAAUGGCAAACAUGUCCUGCGCUUCACAGACUUGCCUGCAGCUCUUGAUGAUGUGAUCCAAGCCGUACAUAUCAUAGAAAACAUCGAGAAGUUUAGCAAGGCAGACGGUAGCAAAUGUGGACCUUUGACCCUUGCGUUUGAUCAAUUGACGACUAAGCUCCAUAUCAAGAUCACCAUGGCCGAUUCCCAGAAAGACGGGUCUCUUGACGGAGAAACCAAAGAAGUAUCCAAGGACACGUCCAGUAGUCCUUCCGCUGUUCAGCUCGAAAUCGACGGGUCUUUUGACAUCAUGAUCGCCACGAAGUCUGUCACCCAAAUCGGAUUCAACCCUAUUCCGGUUUCCAUCGAAAUCCCUAAAUCCUUUACGUUUGAGGCAUUUGCAACCAGUCUCUCAGACUCAUUAGCAAACGCGGCGGAAGAUAUUGUCAAGGGCCUCUGGGAUAAUAAGGACAAACUCUCCGAAGUGAUAGCGAUCGCCGCGGUGGAGAAGAUGGCCUCGAGCACCGUCAAGAGCCUUAUUUGUCGAGACGAGUACGAGCCUGAAGAAGAUCCCGAAGAUCCACCCGAUUCCAACCAGGAGACGCAAACUGAUGAUAGCGGAGGAUCAGAUGGAGAUGGCGGUAGCGGGGGUGACGGCGGAGGGGGCGGGAGUGCCGCAGCCUCAAGUGUAGGUACGGGAUCUGGAGCCGCUGGUGGCGGAACAUUCCUAGCCUCAGCUCUUGAAUCGGGAGCCUCCGCGGCCGGAAGCGUUGUAUCAGGGGUUAUUAGUAUCAUUGGUUCAAUCUUUGGGUCAAGCUCCUCCCACUCUUCGUCGCACUCUUCGUCGCACUCGCAUCCAGCAAAACCCUCGGUAGAACCGGGGGUUCCCCUGCAACCAGUAUUGGACGACCUUUUCGCCCAGGCUAUAUACACUGCGAUUACAAAAGACUUCUCCAGGUGGAAGCAGUGCACUCAAUACCAGGAAGCACUUGAUACGGCACUGGCUUGUGCUCUUGACUACCGCGACGCAAUCGGCCUGCUCCGUCAAGUACUAGGGUCUCAAAAGACUGUCUCGAAGCUGGGCAAGACAUUCUACAUUGACUAUACUGUGCGUUUACCCAUGCUCAUCUACGAGUUUUCGAUGCUUGGCGAAGACUUUGCGAAUCAGUGGCUUGAUAUGUCUGACUACGAAAUCACAAUGACGAGCCGUUCGACCGAUUCCACUAGUCGACAACUUGACAUUUCGUGGUGCGCCCUACGAUUCUCGGACUCAAUGGGUACCGCCGUUACCGUCCAGAUCGAGGGCGAGCCCGAGCCCAGGCUAAACUUCAAGUCGUUCGGCAAUAAUACCAGCACUACGGUUACAGCAGUUGCAGCCGCCAUAGGGGGCAAUCCCAAAUAUGCAUUUGCGAGCCUUGGAAAACCAUCGGUUGCUGUAGUUCACGAGGUGCUGCCCAGCACAACAAAUCUUGUCUUCAACCAGGAUUUCUCUCAGUGCAGAAUUGAUCCUGGUAGUGGCACUGAUGCUCAGCGUCCCGUGGCGGAAACUAUGCAGGUAUUGUUAUUGGGAAGCUACCGUUAUUGGCCGUUGAAAUUUCAAGAUGAUCGUGCUAGCUUUUCUUUGGUUGCUCAGAGCGUUGGGACGCUGCGACAAACCAAUGAGUGGUUCUACGACGGAGCCAAAAAUAUUAGUAGAAUACAAAUUGAUGGAUCCGGCGCGACAUUUAUUGGGGAUUCAGGCCCGGGCAUCCGGUGCGCCUUCGAUACACUUCAAGCAGACAUCAUCAAAUACCGCCAUGCGCGUGUCACCUGCCGCAGUAUAGACACUCGGCCUCCACUUCCAGCCGGAUUCGAGAACAGCACACCCAUCAUAGUCAAUAACCAGUACCCAGUUUUGUUACUUGGGACUGAAAGCUGGUGGCCUGUCCUUAUCGGGUCGAAUCAGUUGUCCAUUAUUGGCUACGAUGGCCAGCAAAACAGCUUGGGCACUGCAACAGUCAAUCCCCCCAAUGGGCCCGUCCAGCGUAUGGAUAUCGUAUCCGACCCCUGGAAGUUUCAAGACAAUGAUACUCUUGGAUUCUAUGGUUCGAACGACAUCUUGGUCACAGCGAUUGGCCCCGUCUGGGAACUUGCGGGAGUAGAUCUGGAAUAG